AUGGUGCUGAUAUCGUGCAUAAUAGCGAUUUACUUGAACAUCGUUUCCGCAUGGUCUCUGUUCUACUUUAUUAAUUCUAUUAGUUUCUCGUUACCGUGGUCGAACUGUGAGAACUCCUGGAGUGGAUUGAACUGCUCUCUUGGCACACGUAUCUCUUGCACCGAAGCGAAUGGUACCCUUCUCCUCAAUGGUUCAUGUAUCAUACAGUAUGCUAAUACAACUGUGGUAAUAUCAGGUACCAAUCCACAGUCUAUACCUAGUCUUCGAUACUUUCAAAGUUCAUCCUUACUCCGUCCUGCCUGCCAAAUAGCUAACUAUUCGCUGAUUAUCAGGAGUUUCAGUGAAGACGUUUUGAUGUUGUCGACAGGAUUCACCGAAAUUGGCGCUCUUAACUGGCACCUAGGGAUAUGUGUGGUGCUGUCGUGGGUAGCUGUGUUUCUCUGCCUUUUUCAAGGCGUGAAGUCAAGCGGAAAGGUUGUUUAUGUAGUGGUAGUUCUGCCGUUCAUAAUAAUGAUCGUAUUACUCGCCCGAUUGUUGACCCUUGAAGGAUCAUUUGCUGCUCUCACGCACUUUCUCCGUCCUGAUUGGAGAGUGCUCAAAGACCUUACGGUGUGGGGUGAAGCUGCUGUGCAUGCCUUUUAUUCGGUUGCUUGUUGUACUGGAGGUCUAUACACGACUUCAAGCUAUAACCGAUUUCACAAUAAUCUUUUCAAAGUUGUUCGUCUUCUUUCAUUGCCUUUAUCCACUUUUUUCUGCAGAGAUCUAUGGAUAAUUCUCACGGUUGAUGUUAUAACGUCAAUAAUUUGUUGUGUACUGACAUUCUCUGCCAUCGGGUUUACAUGCUUUGAGUUUUCAAUUUCGCUGGAAAAGUUCCAUAUACGAGAUGGAGCCCACCUUGUUUUCGUAUUUUUGGCGGAGGCUUUAGCUGGUGUUCCAGUAGCGCCUCUAUACACCGCGUUUUGUCUCUUUCUUGAUGGUGAAACGAUCGUUACAUCUCUGUGCGAUGAGUUUCCAGAACGUCUACGGCGUAAUAGGCGUCACGUUCUAACGACCGUAUGUGCGGCUUUCAUGGUGGUCAGCAUACCAUUUUGUUUAUCG